AAACAUUUGUUGUACAUACAUACAUAAAAAAAAGAAAUGAUGAAUAUUAUUGCUCCACUUCCAAAAAAGCCUUCGUAUAUUAAAAGUUAUGUUUGGAUGGAAAGCGAUAAUGAUGAUGAAGCUUGUCAAGAGCUUCGACAAAUUCUUAAUUCACAUUCCAGCAUGAUGGAAGAUUUAACAACUAUUAUUCGUACUAAUAAUCCUUUACCUAAUGAUACCUGCUUUGUGCCCACAAUUCAUCAAUUCACUACUACCACUACUGUUUCAGAAAAAAACAAUAAUCAUCGUCCCAGAUCCUUUAGUGUUGGUGCCUCUAGAUAUUUUUAUUCAACAGCCAGUAAUGACUCAGUUGUAAGCAAUGGUGGCAAUAAUCUUGUUCAUUAAACAAUCAUACCAUUUAUAAAUAUUUAUUUUUUUUUUCCCUUAUGUACAUACAUAUACAACUAUACAAAAAAUAUUUCCUUAUAUAUAGUAUAUAUAUCUCUUUCUCUCUUUCUUUAUAUACAUAUACAUAUACAUAUACAAAAUAUCAUCUAUAUAUUGUUUCCCCAUAUAUAUAUAUGCAUUUAUCUUUUUUUUUUUUUUGUUCAUAUAUGUAUUUAUAUACAUACAUGUAUACAUAUAUAAAUAUAAAUAUAUACACGUAUAUACUUCCUAUCUAUAUUAUCUAUUAUAUUCAUAAAAUAAAGUCGUUUUUUU